GGGGACAUUUAGAAACGAGUUGUUGAUAGUGAAAGUUUACAUACUAAAAAUAGCAGGCCCUCCCUGUCCAGAAGGGGGCGGCAGCAGCAGAAGUUGUUUUUGUAUCAAUAUCGCAUUACAUGCGGAUGAAGUGUGAACGAGCCAUCAAAGGUUCCUCCGUCGAACUGAGCCUUAAUCUUCGGUUUGAAAACCAGUGUCAAAUCCAGGUUUUCACAUCACUAACCAAGCACAAGAGGCGAUGGAUGGGCCUGUAGAUGGCAUCAAGCUCAUUCGGAGACUCAAGCCAGAGCUACUGGAGGCUCUGACAGGAGAUCCAGAGAUUCUGCUUCAGCACUGCCAUGCCAGUGGCAUACUGUCCAACAAUGAGUACAACAACAUUAAAGACACGAACAUGCGUUCAAAGCAGGUACGGGACAUCUUGGAUUCUGUGAUUCACAAAGACAACAAGCAUGCUCUGAAUUUCCUGAAGUUGCUGAAAACACAAGACAUGCAAGAGACAUUUCCUAAAUUGCAUUUCCUUCAAAAGCUGCAAAUCAACAAACGCAAGACACCAAAAAACACCGAGACGACAGCAAAACGACGACAGGAAAUGGAAAACGAGCCUCUGUGUAUUAUCAACUCCAGGAUGGUGAGCGAGAAGGAGAUGAUGAUGGUGGCCGGCUGCAUCGGGAACAGCUGGAGGGAGGUGGGCAUUAUGGCACUGGGUAUGAACACCACCACUCUUCAGCAGAUAGAGGAGGACAACAGCCAACACAAAAUGCGGGUUUUCACCAUGCUGCGAAAAUGGAGCAUGCGUGAGAGGGAACAAGCCACGGCAGCUCGUCUCCAUUCUCUACUAGCCCAAGAAGAGAACGGUGUGGACACUCUGAAACUCAACUUCCUGUUGGAAAACAACUGAGGCUGCUAAGAGGACUUUAAUAGGGUGCUGCAGCCGUAACAUCAAACCCCGGAAGACUAAUUCACCAUGGGUCAGGGGUUUUUAUAAUGGGGUCAUGAUUAAAACAGGGUCUGUGGUAUAUAUAAAUGGUCAAUGCUAAAUUACACACACACCCAUACUUAAACCAUGAAUUGUGAAACAGUUAUGCUUAUUUUUUUAAAAUGUAUGUUUGUUAUAAAUGACUACAUAAUAAUGUUUGAGGUGUGUGCAGUUUACACUGUACAGCAAAACGUCCAAGUAUCGUGAAGUUAUUAAUUGCGUCCCAAAUGACACACUAUGCACUUAUACACUGUGUACUUACUUAUGCACUAUAUACCCAACCAUGUAGUGUAUGAAUUUUAUAAAGUUAUUUUGUCAUUAAUAAUUGGAGUCUGAUAGCCCCUCCCCCUUCACGAUGUAAUUAAAGCUGUGACAGUUGAGCACAUGAAGUGUCCCACAUUCCACACUUCGUGUUUUCGGUUAAGUGCAUCAUCUGGGUAUUUAAAGUGCACUUUUUCUUUUUGGAAUUUUCAGUGUGAAUGCGCUACUCGCACUAUUCAUACUACAAAACGCCAUUGAUUAGAGCAUAAGUACGUGAUUUGGGACGCACACUGACCUUAUUUUACUCAUGAAUUUAAAGGGAUAGUUCACCCAAAAAUGAAAAUUCUGUGAUCAUUUACUCACUCCUAACUCUUAACUAACUAACUCCACUUGUUGCACACCUGUUUGAGUUUCUUUCUUCAGCUGAACAUAAAAAAAGUUAUUUUGAAGAAUGUUGGUGACCACACAGUUGACGGUAGUCAUUGACUUCCAUUAUGGGUUUUUUUUUUUUCAUACUGUGGAAGUCAAUGGAUACCGUCAAUUGUUUGGUUACCAACAUUCUUCACAAUAUCUUCUUUUGUGUCUAAACACAAAUAACUUGAAGGGUGAGUAAAUGAUGACAGAAUUUUGGGGUGAACUAUCUCUGUAAAAAUCCAAUUAUAAAAACCCAUAUGAAAAUCUCAAGGCAAGCCAUGGUGAAUUAGUUUUCUGGGUUUUGAAGUUGACAGCUGCAGCACUUUUUAUACAUGUAGCACUUGCAGACAUGCAAAUAUACCACUAGAGGGAACUAUAACUGCUUGUCACUUCCGGAAUUUUUUUUUUCACUUUUUUUGUUUGUUUAGUAAAUGCUAUGUAUAAGUCAGCUACAAGCUUGGAAUAAUAGGGCCACUUUCAAACCCACCAAGCUAAAAUGCGGGUAUUUCAAAUAUUUUUCUUAAACUUGAUGUGAAAACUUUUUUUUUUUUUUUUUCUUCAAAAAGGGGCAUGACUGAAUUAAUUGUCAGACUGUUUUGAUUUAUUUCAAUGUUUUUAUUUUUUUAUGGCAUUAUUACUUGAUUGUUUUUUCUCUUAAGCUUAGUUUUCAUGUGAGAUCAAGUUCCAUUCCUACUUUGUAGAUUGCACUUCAGUUCGUUUGCUUUCUCAUGGUACAAAUUGCCUGAUUUGUACUGUAGCAUUCCAUCUUAUUACAUUCUAGAGAAGAAUACUUAUUCUUUUUAAAAUAAAUUAAUGUGAAAGCUUUUAUCAAAGUCUUAACUUGAACCGAUUCCAUGAACAGAUAAGGAAGACUCAUGUUUAUGACAGAAGUUUAAAAAGUUUUAUGUUCCAAUAGACACCGCUAUCUGGCAACAUAACGGCGACCUUCGCUCUCUCGGCAAGUAUCACGUUGUUUCACCCUGAUGCUUUUUCACCCUGAUGCUUUUUCACCCUUGUUCACCCUUGUUCACCCUUGUUUUGCAUGCCAAGCAGGUGAUAGGAUUGGAGGCGGAGCUUUGUACAAUUCCAUUGCACAGGCCUGUCAUUAAACAGCAUCUAGUCUUGCCAGACUUCAUGGAAUCUUUUGCUGUGGGAUUAUAAAACUUGUUUUAUUUGAUAGAUUGCAACCUGAUGAGGAAACAUUUGUUAUCAUGCUUACAUAAAUUGGAUUUCAUGUAACUUUUUUCUGUUAUUGUACUUUUUUUGUACCUUUUUGCACUGUUUUGUUACUUUAUGUACUUUUAUAUCUUAUUUCUGUUUUGCAAAUUGAUCAUGUUACUGGUGAUGGGUUUUUUUAUAAAAAAAAAGUUAAAUAAAUAUAAAUAAAGAGA